AGAACUAUCACUGAAACUCUAAGAGCCAUGGCGGCACCACCGGACUCGGACCCAUCUUCCUCCAUUUUCUCCGAUAAACACUCCCGCCUCCCAGACGACACCGUUUUCUACGCCGUCUUCCCCGACUCUUCCCUCGCCUCCUCAACCACCACCGCCGCCGCCGCCUCACUCCACUCCCUCCACAUCCAAAUCCUCCAAACCCUAACUCCCCUCACCUCCGACUACAUCUGGCAGCACCAGCCCUUCUCCCUCUCCCCAUCCGCCUCCCCCAAGCCCUCCUGCCUCUGCUCCAACCACCUCCCCCACCUCCACGGCCACCUCCGCGUCGGCGACAACCUCGACGACGAGUGGUUCACCGUCUUCCUCCUCUUCCACGUCUCCUCUUCCUUCCCUGACCUCUCCAUCCGCGUCUGGGACUCCGACGGCGAGUUCCUCCUCAUCGAGGCCGCCUUCCACCUCCCGCGGUGGCUCAAUCCCCAGACCAGCUCCAACCGCGUCUUCAUCCGCCGCGGCGAGCUCCACAUCGUCCCCCGCCACCGCCUCCGCAGCCCUAACCUCGCCGAGGCCCUCAGCUUCAUCAUAAGCUUCGGAGACGAGUCGGCUGCGGCGCCGGCGGUGCAGGCCGCGGUGAAGAAGAGGAUAUCCGAGUAUCCGGAGAAGGCGAGGAGAAAUAUGCAUUCUGUUAGGGUUAGGGUUCCGGCGGCGGUGGCUCGGGUGCUGAGUCAGGAGCCGUGUAUGGUGACAUUGGCGGUGGAGGGGUUCUAUGACCGUGACAUUGACACUAUGAAGUAUGCGGCGAAGAUGGAGAGGUUCCUGAGCAGAGGAAGAGAGGAGGAGCUGGUGCGUGUUUCGGUGAAGAUGUCGAGGGCAAUGUAUGCACAGCUGGUGCAGCAGACGUUUCAGGCGCCGAAAUGUUAUCCGAUGCCGCCGGAUAGGAGCGAUUCGGCAUAUGUGGAGGCUGAAUUGGGGAUGAAGAUUGCGUGUGGGUUGGAAAUGAUGUAUCAGCAUCGGAGGAAGGACGGGUCGGAAGGGAAGGGGAGUAGUUGGGAGGCGUUUAGGGAGAGUUUGGAGAGGAGUGGUUACUUUGGAGGAUUGAUUAAGGGGUCGAAAGAGUACCAGAGGUUGAUGCAGAAUGCCGAGGAGUAUUCCCGGAGUAGUGCUUCCUUUUCAAGGGCUAGUGAGAUGUUGAGUGCUCCAGUGAGGCGCAUAGAUGAGAUUCUUGCUUUACCCUAUUCUGUGGAUGAUUUUAAGCGUGUUGAUGUUCCGCCUUCUGACGAUGAUUAUUGGCUUUACAAUGGAGAGGAUGAAUUGAACUCUGAACUCCUAGAGAGACAAAAAGAGAUGGAACUUUAUGAUUUAAAACAUAAGAAGAAGCAGAAGUCAAAAGAGCAGGACAAUGUUGGUCCAUCCUCGAGCUCUGGUGCUGAGGCGUUCAAUCCUGGUGAUAUAGCAAAAACCAUGCAGGCCUUUGUCGAAAAGGUGUCAAGCUACAAGGGAGCUGAAGUUCCUGAGAACAGGAACCUAAAAGAGGUGGACCUUGAUGUGGACCGUUUCUUCAAGGAUCUUGAAUCAAUGAUGAAAAGCCAUGGUGGUGAAGAAGCUACUAGUGAUGCUGACAGUAACGAAGGUUCUUCAUCUGACUUGGAAUUCGAUGACUCAGAAGAUGAAAAUGACAGUGCAGAACUUCUUGAAGACAUGGAGGAUGGGGAGGAUACAUUCAUGCAUUCUUACACUGAUGCUUUAAAUGAAGAAUUGAAGAGUACUACACUUGAGAAGAGUUUUGUGCGUGCUAAUGAACAAGCCCCAAAGAAAGAUGAGGGAACGUCGAAUGUCAUGGAAGAUAUGGAGGAGGAUUUCACUCCUGUGGAUGUGGAUGUGAAUCUGGUGAAGAGUCUUCUUGAUUCCUUCUCUAGCCAACAAGGCCUUCCUGGUCCUGCUUCCAACUUGCUUGGCCUCAUGGGUUUACAACUCCCUCAAGACAAGAAAAAGGGCGGCAAAUGAGAACUCUCCAUGUCAAGUCGUCUAAACACAAUUGUACGUUGCUUAUCCGACUGGAUGCAUCUUGUGACCCUGUCCUUAUCCCUAUGCUUUAACUUCCUUUUUAGUGGUGGUUUAUCACCUUCGUCAAUUUUUUUUCCCUUUGUAAAGAGCGUCGUCAGUCAUGUACAUGUCUUUUGGUGGUGAUCACUAGGAAGUAUGAUAGUAAAUGCUAGACAAUGUGACAGCAAUGAGAUGUAUUUGUUAUUGUUAACAAAUUUAAGAGAUGGCGAAUACAUGGGAAGCUUUACUCA